UAUCGAGGCGUUGCAGAUUCAAUACAGCCAGGCUUGUGACUGUCAACCGUCAACUUGCAUGUCGUCGCCGGAGCCAAGGGAGGAGGAAAAUUAUCUCUAUGCUGUGCUGAACCUUCCACCCACCGCCUCACAGGGUGAAAUUAGAGAGCGAUAUAGGGCUCUGUCAAUAACCUUUCACCCCGACAAACAGCACGAUUUGCGUACGAAGGAAGUUGCAGCCAAAAAGUUCCUCGAAAUCCAGAAGGCUUACGAAGUCCUUUCAGAUCCCUUUCUUCGUGAGGUUUAUGACGUUCUAGGCGCAGAAGGUUUGAAUAGGCAGUGGCCAACGGAACUGCGAUCCAAGGAUAGUGAAGAAAUCAAGGCAGUUCUUAGGCACUGGAAGAUUGAUCACAGCAACGAGAUUUUGGAAAAGCUUUUACAACCACGGGGGGCGGUGACGUGCGAAGUAAACGCAUCGCCACUUUUUGCGAGAGGCGAUGAAUGUCAUGGAGAAUCCAGAAACAUCAGUAAACGUUUGAGCAACGUCAAAGUUACCGGUUUCGGUGUUCGUCAUGGCAUUGUGAAGGCCAUGGGCCCAAAAACUGUUGUUGGAGUCACCUCUGAAGUUCGUCCAGGCUCGCGAGAUAUCUUCGCUGCUAGGGGGACUUUGACGGGAGCCCUGCGGCACCAGUUUUCUCCGCGAUUGGUUUCAGAGUUGACAGCGGCAUUCCUAAACCCACACAUCAUUACUGCGAAGACAACAUACAGUGACAACGAAAAUGCGGUGUCAGUUCAAUCUAACUUUAUUCCCGCCGUCUGGCAUUUCUUCCCCCCCGUGACCACGGUCUCCUUUGCGCGACGAUUGUUCCGCGAUUCUUUGACUCAAGGAUCAGUCACAUGGACGUACUCUCCGGAGCUACCUGGCGGAAAUCUCGAAUUUAAUGUCUAUUCUCCCAGAGAGUUCGACCUGGAUGAAUCUAUUUUUGGGGGUCCUGGGUCAACUAGUGGCUUAACCGCUGGAGUGCGGACCUGGUCCUACGGAUUAACGUUGGCUGGUCUGAAUUCGUGUAUCAAAGCUGAAUUCUCGCUGCUCUUCAACGAAUUGUCUCUCCGCCUCAAAGCUAGUGCAGAAGUAGGUUUCAGAAAUGUUGCCUACAUCGUAUCGGCAAAGUGGAUUGGUCAUCGAAGUGCAUUUGGAACGGGAGUGGGGUUAAGCACCAAAGGGGUGAUCUUGAGAUUCCAAUUAACGUAUCUUGAGCAAAAGUGGACCCUCCCGAUCACUCUUACGCCAGAUUACGAUCCGGAUCUGGCCUUCUAUGCGGUCGUAAUUCCCUCGGUUGCACUGGCUUUUGGUUAUCAAUUCUUCCUAAAGCCGCGCCGUCUGGCCCAACGUGCACGGUACUUUGAGGAUGCUCGACGGGCAUUGAACGACGAGAAGUCGGAACUUAAGAGGGAGAUCGAGACCACAACCUUAUUGUUGCAGGAUGUUGCAAGACGACGCAUGGAUGCGGAACGGUCGAGAGCAGGCCUGAUCAUUCUCGAAGCCACCUACGGACCGAGUCCGGACAAUGAAGCAACGGAUUUGGAUGUAGAUGUGACCGUACCUCUCCAAGCACUCGUUCACAACAGUCAGCUGUACAUAUCGAGCAAGACCCCCAAGUCAGGCAUUCCAGGCUUCCUUGACCCAGCUCCGGCAGCCCCAAAAUCGCUGCGUAUACGAUACUUAUUUCGUGAUCACACGCACUAUGCCGAGAUCUCUGACUCGUCGCCAGUUGUCCUUCCCUUGAAAGACCAUUUGGUAAUGUAAUGUGACCUUUAUUGUUGGAUACCCUGUUCUUCCCAGCACCUUGGUUGCUCCACAUCGUUUACAUUCAGGCGUCCGCCUAUCGGAUGGUUUAAUUCCUCUCCCAACUCAAUUGGUCUGUGCGCCACAACAUGAGCCCGACCGCUCCCCUUCAGUGUUGGCCUCGAUAUCAUACGCCGCUGACGUUCAUCUUCGAAACGGCGUAUUGGCAAGGAUCUGGGGAGCUAGUGCAAUAGCAGGACA